AUGCAAACACAAUUGCUGGUGGUGUUAUAUUGGGAAGCUCUUGUUCAUCAUGCUAAUCCCUCUCACGAGUCACAGAUGCGACAACUCAACGACUGGUUAUCAAUCUUGAGGAGCUUAUCGACUUCUGAGGUUCAACGUAUUAUCAUGCACGAGACAGCCACAGCUCAUUCCUCUGUGAUGUCACCUAGCCUAUCCAUCAAUCAUCCACACGCAGCUGCCGCCAUGCUCUCGCAUCGAGUCUCGUUAACCGGAACUGAUCUCGCAAAUCGAUUGGAAUCACCAAACACGUCUUUCCUUUCUCCCUCACACUUGGUGGAACACUCCCAUCCUCAAUACACCUCCCCGCCACCAACCCCUCCUCUUUCAUUUCCUACAUACAAACUUCGCGCAACCGCAGUCCGCCCUGGCCUCUUACAUAACCUCACCGCAUCACACCCCGUCGCCCUAAUACACAGCUUUGCACCAAGGUCACUCGAGUAUCAGCAGACACUCAAGAUCGAGAAUCCAUGGCCCGAAAAACUCAUGUACACGCUUGUACUCCCUCAUCGUGCUUGGGCUGCAGGUGAUACCCUCACUGCCCUCUGUAAAUUUAUCCCACUCGCCAAAGGCGUACGCGUACUCAGCAUUCUCACAAACUUGAAUGAGACCGUAAAGAUUCGUUCAAGGGGGAGCAACUUCACCAGAACCAUCGUCACUUCAAGACACGAGGUCUCUCAUGGAAAGCUCAAACUCAUCAGUGAGAGCUGGGAUGGCAUAAGACAGUCAAUUGGCCCUGGGGCAUCCCUGCAUUCCAGUAUACCACACUCCCCUGGUUUCGAACCUGAUCUCACCCUCCGUCAAGUCCCUACUCCUUUUCUGCUCCCCACUCUCCCUCCUCCUCACAUUCACACGACGAACACCCACACCAGCGACCUCAUCUACCCACUCUCCCUCACCCUCCCACCAACCCUCCCCCCUUCCCACGCCCUCAACCCAAUCCAUAUCUCACACCGCAUCUGCUGGUCAAUUCUGAUGUCAAACCUCGACGGACACACCUCCGGACUCCGCUGUAGUCUCCCUAUAACCAUUCUCGAUGGGCGAUUGCUCUCAGAAGCUCGGGCCGGCGAUGGGGAGAGUGUUAGUGGUGGCGCUGGGAUCUUCGGGGAAGAAGGGGAUGAGGAGGAAGGUGAGAGAUUGCCGAGUUAUACAACCCAUGUUCGGGAUCGCGUUGCCAAUGCCUUCCUCCCUGCUGGAUCUACCAUGCGCAUUGCAAAUCCAUAUGUAUCCUCCACUCCACACAUUCCCCUUACACAAGGCCUCAGCACGUCCUUCUUGCCUCGUUCGGGUGCGAGCUCGCCUCCACACCUGCAUGUGCACCACGCUCAUACGCUCCCGCAUGACGUACCCGAUUGGGUCAAUUCAGAACUCCUAUCUCGUCGUCUGCGAUCGCCACACUCGAAUUCAGAUCCUACUACGAGCCAAGUACCCAGUCGACUCGUUUCACACGCUCUCAGUCCCGAGCAUCGCGAUUGUGGACAUGCCCAUGCACAUGGGACGAUGGGGCCUCCCGCAACUGUGUCCGUACCCAUCUCCAUUCCUGAAACACACAGACCCACACUCGCACCCAUCUCCCUAUCUCCCGCAGACCCACACAGACCACCCAUAAUCCCAGUAUCAAACCCAGAGAUAUACACCCACAGUCCACCAGCCUCCCGUACCAGAGGUUUGCUUCUAAGCAUUGCAAUGAAACCUUUGCAUAGUGGGUGGUUCAGCAGGCGAUCAGGGAGUCAUUCAAGUCUUGUGGGUAUGGGUGGGCAUGGGCAUGGGUUGGGGAUGACGAGUGUUUCUCCUGGGGCUGGCAGUGGUGCAGGAGGGGGCCACUCACGAUCGUUUGGGAAUUUGGUGUCACCGCUUCAACCACUCGAAUACCCCGCACACAGACGUGGGCAUUCACGCCACACAACGUUCAGCAUAGGUGGAAACGCAAGCAGAGCCAAAACGCCUUAUUUCACAGGAACACAUUCUCCGCAUAGUCCACAAACGCCUCCUGCUGAGAUUGCGGAGAGUGCGAUUUGUGGGAGGGGGUUUACGGAGGUUGGUUCAGUGUCGCAUUCGCAUGGUGGGCGAUCUGGAGAGGAUUUCAAUGGGGAUGGGAGUAUCGUCAAAGGGAGUGUGGGUGCCAGUGUCAGUGUUGAAGGCAACACAAGUGGCCUCCUGGAUGGAGACCCGAAUGCGAACGCAGCACCAGACUAUCGUGUCACAUCACAAGGAUUCAUUGGAGGUGUACCCCUGCUCUCGAGUUACCGAGUUAUGACGAGGCUGCUGGGAGUGGGUGUGGGCGGGAGAGGAGGCGGUCUGGGGUGA